AUGUGGAAGCCGUACAUUCUGAACGACUGCGGUCACACGUUCUGCGUCGAUUGCCUAGUCAAGUGGCUGAGUGCCUGCCUCGCCCAACACAGGAACACGCAUCCGCACUGGCGUCCUGGCGUCCCCAGCCUGCCACCAGCCUUUGCAUACGAGCCGAGAAACCCAGCCAUAGCUGGAAUGGUCACCUGGCGCUACCAAACUUCUCAGCCCCAAUACACAUGCCCGAGUUGUCGCAAGGCUAUGAAGUCGAGACCAACUGAAGACUAUACGUUGAAGGCGCUCAUUCACGUGCUGGCUACUAGCAUCGGGCAGUUGGACCCCAAGGAGAUGACCCAGUCCCGAGCCAAAGGCUGCGCGGUGGUCUCGGAGGGUCCCUUUGACUCUUUCUUUGGCAAGGACAGAUGA